GCUACUUGUGGUACUGGUAGUAGUAGUAGUGCUACUGGUGGUACUGGUAGUGGUACUCGUAGUACUGCUACUACUCGUAGUAGUACUACUUGUGGUACUGGUGCUGCUCGUUGUAGUAGUAGUGGUGGUGGUCGAUAUCGCUAA